AGGGCAGGGGGCGCGGCCUCGCGGGGCGCCGCCCACACUCUUAAGGCUGGGCUAGGGCGGGUGACCCGGGCGUUGCCGAGACAGCCCGCGGAGUAACCCAGUGCAAUUCACCAUGUCGCUGCUACGAGGUGUGUUUAUCGUGGCUGCUAAGCGAACACCCUUUGGAGCUUAUGGGGGUCUUCUCAAGGACUUCUCUGCUAUUGACUUAACUGAAUUUGCGGCCAAGGCUGCCCUGGCCGCUGGUAAAGUCCCACCAGAAACCAUUGACAGUGUUGUCGUGGGCAAUGUCGCACAGACUUCUUCGGAUGCGAUAUACAUGGCAAGGCAUGUGGGUUUGCGAGUGGGAGUCCCAGUAGAGAUCGGAGGCCUCACCGUCAACAGGCUCUGUGGCUCCGGUUUCCAGUCCAUCGUGAAUGGAUGUCAGGAGAUCUGCAGCAAAGAUGCUGAAGUUGUCUUGUGUGGAGGAACAGAGAACAUGAGCCAAUCCCCUUUCUGUGUUAGGAACGUACGCUUUGGAACCAAGCUUGGAUCAGAACUCCAGCUGGAAGAUACUUUGUGGUCAGGAUUAAUGGAUCGGCAUGCUAAGCUCGCCAUGGGGAUGACUGCAGAGAACCUCGCUGUAAAGUACAGCAUCAGCAGAGAGGACUGUGACAAAUACGCCCUGCAGUCCCAGCAGAGGUGGAAAGCCGCGAACGACGCUGGCUACUUUAACGAGGAAAUGGCGCCCAUCGAGGUGAAGACCAGGAAAGGAAAGCAGAUGAUGCAAGUGGAUGAGCAUGCUCGGCCGCAGACGACCCUGGAACAAUUGCAGAAGCUCCCUCCAGUGUUCAAGAAAGACGGGACUGUCACUGCAGGGAACGCCUCGGGGGUGUCUGAUGGUGCUGGAGCUGUUAUCAUAGCCAGUGAAGACGCUGUCAAAAAACAUAACUUCACACCACUGGCCAGAGUCGUGGGCUACUUUGUGUCUGGAUGUGAUCCCAGUAUCAUGGGUAUUGGCCCAGUCCCUGCUAUCAAUGGAGCAUUGAAGAAAACUGGACUGAGCCUGAAGGACAUGGACUUGGUAGAUGUGAAUGAAGCUUUUGCUCCCCAAUAUUUGGCUGUUCAGAAGGCCUUGGAUCUUGACCCCAGUAAAAGCAAUGUCAAUGGAGGUGCCAUAGCCCUGGGUCACCCACUGGCUGCAUCUGGAUCCAGAAUCACCGCACACCUGGUUCACGAAUUAAGGCGCCGAGGUGGGAAAUAUGCAGUGGGAUCAGCUUGUAUCGGAGGUGGUCAAGGCAUUGCCCUGAUCAUUCAGAACACAGCCUGAAGAGAUCACAAGCACAGUGGCCACCCUUACUUGGCCAGGCCACGGAACAGGUGGCCAGGUGACCUUUGGGGCAGCACUACUGAGGCAGUGAUUGCAUUUGACCGAGCCUUGAGGAGGCAAAAUGCAUUAGGUUCUGCCCACUUCUUACCUGCCUAACAUAAUGUGUUAGAAUCAAAACCCAACCGCCGAAGGCCUUAAAAGAAGUGGUCUUUGUCAAUAGCCACCACUGUAUGCCUUAUAUAAUACAACUACAAACUGAAUAAAUGUUGCCUUAACUUCA